CAGGAAGUUCAGAUAUCAGUCGCCUCGGAGCUACCAUUGGGAGAAUACUCGCUGUUUUUUGUACUUGUGGAGAAUUCUUCGUCUCCUAGUGAAAUUAUAGAGCUCUCGUCCUCGUCUAGUGAAGACAUGAACGUACGAGGAUGUGUGUACCUGGUGAUGAUAGUGAGCAUCCUCUCCGUCAUCUACUACUUGUGUGAACUAGAUGGGUCCUCUACAACUACGACCAACCCUAAGCCUUGUGGGAUAGCAUGUAGCGUGGACGAGUCGCCCCACUUCCUCAUCCAUACUCCGUCUUGUGUCAUCCCGGACUUCGAUCCAUUAGACCCAAGCCUCUCUCAGUAUAGACAAAAAAAUGACUUGGAGAUUGCGUGUUCAGCCAAGCGGCCGCUGACAGAGACUCGGGGACUCUUCCUGGUAUUGCACAAGGAACACGCUGAGGACUACGGCGCCACCCAGGAGUCCCUCAACUGCUCCUACAGAGGCAUCAGGAGGAUUCAGCAGGAUCCUGUAAAGUACAACCAUAAAGCUGACAAGAAUUCCCAGUUGAGGGCGAAUAUAUUAUUGGUAACAGAGGAAUCGACACCAAUUCACGAGGACGGAAUCUACGUCACCUGCCAAGAUACGGACAGUAAAGAUACAACAGUCUACAAGAACGUUCAUUAUUUCCUACAACCAAAGAGGGUAAAAGAAAAAAGGGAGAAAUUUAUGGAGGACCACGAACAACGACGGCCAGAAUGA